CGGGGCCUCGGGGACACGGCAGCCGGUGACGGCGUGAGCGGGCAGGUGCAGGAUGAGCUCGUGCAGCAGCCGGGCGCUGACGCUGCUGAGCAGUGUGUUCGGGGCCUGUGGGCUGCUGCUGGUUGGCAUCGCGGUCAGCACCGACCAUUGGCUGUACAUGGAGGAGGGGGUGGUCCUGCCCCAGAACCAGAGCACUGAGGUGCGCAUGGCUCUGCACGCAGGGCUCUGGAGGGUCUGCUUCUUUGCAGGCCGGGAGAAGGGUCGCUGUGUCGCCUCCGAGUAUUUCCUGGAGCCCGAAAUCAACCUCGUGACGGAGAACACGGAAAACAUCCUCAAGACCGUGCGCUCGGCCACCCCGUUCCCCAUGGUCAGCCUCUUCCUCGUCUUCACGGCCUUCGUCAUCAGCAACGUGGGUCACAUCCGGCCCCAGCGCACCCUGCUGGCCUUCGUCUCGGGCAUCUUCUUCAUCCUCUCGGGUCUGUCUCUGGUCGUGGGUCUGGUUCUCUACAUCUCGAGCAUCAACGAUGAGGUCAUGAACAGACCUGGGGGCUCUGAGCUCUUCUUCCGCUAUCGCUAUGGAUGGUCCUUUGCCUUCGCUGCCUCCUCCUUCCUGCUCAAGGAGGGUGCUGGUGUGAUGUCCCUGUACCUGUUCACCAAGCGCUACGCGGAGGAGGAGCCGUUCCGGGCCCCGCCCCCUUUGCUCCGCCCCCGGCUCAGCGCAUGCUCAGGACUGUCGGGGCAGUUCCUGCAGCCCCGCUCCUGGCCCCGCCCCCGCAGCACGUCAGACGCGUCCUCUGACGUGUCCAUCCGGAUGACGCAGAGCUUCCCCCCGCCCCCCCCCCGCCAUCAAGUACCCGGCUAG